CAAUAUCAGAAGGCUCAAUUUCGGAGAAAAACACAGUUUACAACAAUUUUCCCCGCUAUGGCGGUUCACGCACAUUUUACCGUGGCGGAUUUUGUUGUAUUUUCUCUGACGUUGCUGGCAUCUAUGGGUAUUGGAAUAUUCUAUUCUAGGGCGGGUGGAGCACAGCAGAAUAACAACGAAUAUCUCAUGGCUGGGCGAAGUAUGGCUAGUAUUCCGGUUGCCAUCUCCGUCCUUGCUUCCUUUGUUUCGUCAAUCGCGAUCCUAGGAAAUCCAGCCGAAGUUUACACGUAUGGCUUUCAGUACUGGAUCAAUUCCUUCACGAACUUUAUUUCUGUUCCAAUCAUGGCGUUGGUUUUCUUACCUGUGUAUUAUAACCUUCGUUUGACUAGUAGUUACGAGUAUCUAGAAAGAAGAUUCUCCUUUAGUGUGAGGAUGUUAGGAUCUGUAGUGUUUGUUAUACAAACGGUUUUGUAUACUGCUAUUGUAUUAUAUGGACCAUCACUGACCUUAGAAUCAGUGACAGGUUUCCCACUGUGGCUUUCAACGGUUGUAACUGGUCUUGUCUGCACUUUCUACACCACUGUAGGUGGCAUGAAAGCUGUAAUAUGGACAGAUGUGUUUCAAGGCAUAGUCAUGUUAGUUGGGCUAACAACAAUUAUUACAGUAGGAACAAUAAAGGUUGGAAGUCUGAGUAAAGUUUUUGAUAUCGCUUACAAGGGGCACAGACUUGAGUUUGAUUUUUCCAUAGAUCCUACACACAGAACCACAUUGUGGGUUUUUCUAAUAGGUGGUGUAUUCCAAAUGCUACCUGUCUAUGCAACCAACCAGACAGCUGUCCAAAGAUUUCUGACCUCAAAGUCCUUUAAGUCUGCUCAGAGGGCUGUUUGGUUGAAUCUUCCUCUGAACAUAUUCAGCACAACAAUAACAGUCCUAACAGGAUUGGUGAUUUAUGCAUACUUUGCCUCCUGUGAUCCUCGUAGUAUUGGGGAAAUAUCCAAAGAUGACGAGAUUUUGCCAUAUUUUGUGGUUGAAGUUCUGGGAAAGUUCCACGGUAUUCCUGGAGUCUUUGUUGCCUCACUGUUCUGUGGGACUCUCAGCACUGUAGCAUCUGGUCUUAAUGCUCUGGCAGCAGUAACAGUGGAGGACUUUGCUCCCUUGGUUGUUCAGCAUAUUCCAACUGAGAGAGAAACUCUUGUGUCCAAACUGCUCGUAUUCGUAUAUGGCCUCAUUUCACUUGGGCUGGCAUUUCUGGUUUCAAAAUUGGGAAUGAUAUUACAGAUGAGCGCAACAAUGUUUGGAACCACAGGUGGGCCAAUGUUGGCCCUAUUUUCUCUUGGUAUAUUGACGACCCAUGCCAAUGCCAAGGGUGUAUGGAUCGGAGUAGUGGCUGGAUUUUGGACAGUCACCUGGAUUAGCAUAGGAGCUCUGGUUCACCCACCUGAGUACCCUACUCAGCCUAUGUCUAUAUCUGGCUGUCCAAGCAAUUUCACUAAUGUUAAUAUGUCAUAUGUAGAACCAGCCCAAAGGAUACAACCUAGUUCUGUGUACGAGAUUUCAUUCUUUUGGUAUGGUGUCAUAGGAUUUGUUAUCACAUACGUCAUUGGAUACCUUGCCAGUUAUAUAUUUAAAAAACAUGACGCUGAAAGAAUAGACCCAGCCUUGUUGUUUGACUAUUCCAAGCUCUCAAACUGCUUUGGAAGAUGCACUAAAACAUCUGGAAACAUGGCUCUUAAUGGUGCUCAUUCCAUAGAGCAUCUCAUUGCUCUUCAAGACCUGCAAAAUCAGGAUGAUGAGAAUACCCCUUUUAUUAGCAGAAGUGGCACACAAGAGCACACCUUUCAACACUCUUGAACAUGGGGCAUAUGAAAGAAUUGAAAACAAGAGCUGUCUCAUAGAGUCACAUUGCAUCACUUUCCUACAAGCAAUUUAUAAAAUUACUCAUGAAGAUUACUUACAUAGUAUUAUAAUUAUAUUACUUCAUCGUAUUCACCAUUAAUAAUAAUUAUACUGUGAUAAUUGCUAUUUAGAGUAAAUUAACUACUUUUCCAAUUCUUGUAAUUUAUUUUGAAAGGAAUGGUUUCUAACUUUACUAAUAAUUUGUAAAAUUACCGUUUAAGAGUAUUUACUUAGUAUUCCAUUGUUCCUUAUCGUAUUUACUAUUAAUAGUAAUCAUAUUAUGAUAGCUAUUCUUCCAAUUCUUGUGAUGUAUUUCAAAGGGAAAGGUUUCUAACGUGAUUACAAAGUUAACAAAAUUAUGAAUGAUUGAUGAAAGAGAUUCCUUUAUUCAAGCAUGCAUUGGUACUUACCUCUGUUCCUAUGUACAUAAGAAAAAUUUAUUAUUGACAUGAAAGCAUACAUGCAUUCAUUUGCUUGUAUUUAUAGAAAAAUUGAUAUAGUUUUUUACAUUCAAAGCUUUAUCUAUAUAUGUUCUUGUACCUUGGGUACUUAAUGUAUUUUAGGACUCCUUUUCACUUCAACUCUUGCUUUGUAAAUGGUGCUAGUGUUUGUUGUUAAUUCCAUUGCCUGAAUAAUGGUUAUUACUGUAGAGUUGGCUCUAGAAGCUAGAGUUACUCCUAUGCUUCCCUCAAGCUCCCCAAACUUUCCACAUGCAUCCACACCUCGAUAUACAUAUAUUUUAUUGUCAGUUUUCUUAUUUAACACUCAGCUUAGUUAGGCUUUUGGUUUUUUUGUCUUUUUUGUCUUUUUUUUUGUCACUUGGGUUAGCCUUUUUUGGUGGACAUUCUGAGGGAUACUGUUAUGGCCCCCCACACUUUCCACUGUGCAUAAUGCAUGACAACCCUUGAGAUUGGGAAGGAGGCUAAAUCUAGAUAGGGAAAGAUUUUCUAGUGUUGCCAUGAAGUCCCAGGUAUCAGAAGUCUUGUAUUUCAAAUACAUUUAACAAUACAAG